GCUCAGGGAACCGUUAGUCGACUUUGAGAUUCCUGGCCAAAAACGACACAGUUCCCCAGGACGGUCGCGGCGCGUGCUCUAGAAAAGAGCUGGAGAACUGGAAAAACGCCAGGAGCUAAGGCUAGGAACUGUGUGAUUGUCACAGUUUCCACCUAAGUCGAAGGGAAACAAGUCAAAGGGCCCGUUCAAGUGCCAGUUGCCAGCGAAUCGUCGUGUGUGUGUGUGUGUGGUGUGCCUUUGUAAAUAAACGGACCACUAUGAGCCACAAAGGAGUCCGGAAAUGAUGAUAGCAUGACGCGCGACGGCGAGAUUCCAGCCAUUUUUAAUCCGAAACGGGUGCGUACUCCUUCCGUGGUGGUCACCGGCGACUCUUCGACGAAUGGCCCGUACAACAGUAACAACAACGCCACCGGAGCGGGAACCAGCAGCAGUUCCACAGUCCCGGCCGUGGUCACCACUGCCCCAGGAUCCACGGGACCCAAUGGCAGUGGCGGCGGAUCAUCCGGCGGCUGCGGCUUCAGCAACGUGCUCACCUCGAGCAACCCGCAAAUAACCCACCAAGACUCAAUCUCAUCGAGCCAACAGGACCCCAAUGAGGUGAUCAUCAUCCCGGCGGACACACCCACGAGCGCACCUGGUAGCCAUAAUGCGGCCCAUCACUUCGGCGGCGACUCCAGUGACACACAAACCGGAGCACACUCCCAGCAGCAGCACCAGCAGCCAAAUGGGCAUGCGGAUGAGCCGGAAUGGCGAUUCCGGAAGCUGCAGGCCUGCAAGGAGUCCUGUUGCUCGGAACUGGCACGCAAGAUGUACUUCGGGGUGUGCGUGACCAUCCUGAUGACUGCCUCGUGGGUGGGGGCCACGCAUUGCAUCAAGUACAUGUACAAGUAUCGUGCCCCCUACGAUGACGUGCUGAACGAUGACCAGGACACGUCCUCGAGCCGGGCCGAGCUGAGCACGGAGCUGGAGGACAUACUGGCCAUCAGCGACUCGUCGCUGCACCACGUCGAAGACGCCACCGAAAUGUUCAACAUACCACCGCGUCAACCCGUCUACUUCAGUGCCCCCUUCUUCGCCGCCUGGUUCUUCACCAACUUCUCGCUGCUCUUCUUCCCCAUCUACAUUCUGGGCCUGUUCUCCACCCGGAAGUGUGAGAAACUGAGCGACAUCCUGGGCGACGUGUUGCGUGGCUUCCGGGAAAGAGGUUUCACAGUGGGUCGUUUUCUCAAUCGCUGCCUCUGCUUCUGCAUUUUGUGGCUGGUAACCACCUACCUUUACACACUGUCCCUGCACGUGCUCUACGCCACGGAUGCACUGGCUCUGUUCGCCACCAAUGUGGCCUGCGUCUACCUGCUAUCCUGGGUGAUCCUGCACGAGCAGUUUGUGGGCGUCAGAAUCGUGGCCAUCAUUCUCUGCGACACGGGCAUCGCCCUGCUGGCCUACAUGGACGGGAUCACGGAGAGCCGCACCCUGAGCGGCGUUGUCCUGGCCACACUGGCCGGUGCCGGCUAUGCCGUGUUUAGGGUUAUGUUCCGCAAGGUGAUGGGCGAUCCGCCGGUGAGCCAAAUCGCCUUCAUUUUCACCGCCCUCGGCUUCCUCAAUGCCCUGCUGCUGUGGCCCGUGGUGCUGGGACUCUAUUUGACUGGCACGGAAAGCCUGACGUCGGAGAGCAUACCCUGGAACCUGCUGUUCGCCGCUAGCCUCCUGCUCCUGGUUUUCCACGUUCUGAUGCAGUUCAGCGCCGCCGUUACGUACAACAUGUUUGUGACAUUGGGUCUGAUUACCGCUGUGCCCGUUUCUGGUGCCCUCGAUGUCAUCCUGUACAGUGCCAACUUUGCGGGCAUGAAGCUGGCCGGAGUUAUCCUGAUUGGCAUCGGAUUUUUCCUCGUUAUGUUCCCCGAGAACUGGCCGGACUAUAUAACGCGACUUCUGCGAAGCAUCAUAAUGCUGGGUCACAAUGCGAGCAUAAACGACACACAUGAUAUCCGUGCCCGAAACUGAAACUGAAAGAAAAGUUUUCCGAUAGGAAUACCUAAGUAACUCUAACUAAAUACCCAGCCCAUACUGAGACAACCAAUCAACCAAUCAAACUAACUACUAAUAUCUUACUACAUAAAUAUUUAUCCAAAAAUCCAAAACUGUAAGCGAAGUAUGUUUUUUUUCAAUUCGAUUUCGUUCUAAUCCUUAGACCAGUCUUUAACUAAAUAGAACGUUUGAUAAUUCGGGUUUGAUUUGAUUACGUUUGGUUUGUGAGGGAUUGCCAAUGACUCUCCUUACUUUACCUCUCGCAUCUAAGUUAUGAUAUCCGCAUAUCCUUUUCGUAAGCUAAUCAGAGUAACAGUAACGUAUAGUAAAGCACGACUGAGUCUCAGUUUUGCCAGUUUUUUCCACUAACUCCUCUUCUUUUGGCCAUGUGCUAAGGUAAGUCGAUCCGUAAGGUCCUGCAUUGCCCACCGCCAGCUAUCUUCAUCUCACCCCAAAAUGGCCUUCUUAUGAAGAUGCCAAAAGACAGAUACUGCAACCAAAACCCAUCCACCCACCCACCCAUUCACUCUCAACCACCCACCGACCCACCUCCGAACGGUCACCGAAGUAGAUGCAAUGAUCAUGAUCAGUUCCUUGUAUAAUAUUCCUUUGGAGACUAUCUGAGAAUUAUAGAUCUAGUCGCUCUCUAGUAGUAAUAUCCUGAUUUGUAUAUAGUCACACCGCUAAUCUGUACUAUUGCUUCUUUUCUCUUGUUUUUCUUCUUCACCUCUGCCACAACCUGCCUAUCUUUCUCUCUUUCUCUUUCUCUCUCUCUCUCUAUUUCUCUCUGUUUCUCUAUGGACUAUCUCCCCUUCUCGAACUGUUUCUCUCUAUUUCUCCAAAAACACACCAAAACACACACAACACAUACCACACACCUGUACGGAUCUACCUGAACGUACCGACCUGGUCGGACCCGAAAUUGGUCGAAUUCCAUUGCAAUCUAAAAAAUACACUGCAAAAAAUAACGAUGACAUAACGACCACACAUAAAAAAACCCAUGUAGCGGUAGGCCAGCGCUUUGUAAACGAGAUGCUAUAGUCACAGGACCGUCCACCCGAUAUGCGCAGCGGCACAUCACGCGCACGCAUCACAUAAGCUAAGAGUUUUGGACAAGUCACUGAAUUGUACAGAAACCUGAAAACCAAACAGAACACAUGAUAUAUUUUGUACAAAGAUUUUCAAAAAAAAAGCCAAGAAUACAAAAAAAAAAAAUUCUAAACAAACAAGUAUUAAAAGCCAAAGAAUAACUCUGAAACUCAAUCGCCCUGGGUAAGUACGACUACUAUUUAAACUUUCUGCUAAUGAUAAGUAUCCUGAAGAAGGUACAGUUGCCACUCGUAGAAUUAGUACCAUUUCCGGGAGGAGCCAUCAUGAUACCUACGUUUUCCUUUAGUUUUUAAAUAGUUUGAAGUUUCAUUUGUUUCAAUAUCCCCUCAAAUUAUGCAUUAUCUUUCUCUCUCUCCUCCUCUCUAUAUCUUUCCGUGUGGACACUUUUUGGAUUUUCGACUCGAUUCCCACAGAUCGCAGCAUAUCUAUGCUACCCAUUACAAACACAAACGAAAGUAUUACGCGGUCAAAACGAACAACUCCUAUGUUGUUUGAUCCAAUCGCAUAUGAAUGAUAACCAAGGUCCUUUGGUGUGGCCCGACUGUUUUUGCUUAGGCCCUCCUGGCCAACUGCCACGCCCACGCAUCUCCCAAAAUAAAAUGUUUUUACGACUAGUAUGCGACUGUUAAGAACACUUUUGUACCAAGUAACAGAACAAAAACAAAUCUAGAAAAAUCUAAACAAAUUAUUUCGAAAAAUUCAAGUUUCCAACUGAGAAACUCAAACGAACUUACGGUGAGAGCCCCAUGAAUAAUUAUUUUUGAUCAACUCCUAGAAUCACUUAUGUCCCGAUUGCAUUCUCCCAUGUACAGCUCACCAAAUCACUAUCUUUCAAAUCUCAAAAUCAAGUCCUUUUUUCGUUUUUGUUUGCUUUGUAAUGUUUGCAGUUUGUCUUUGUAGUUUUGAAGAGUAUCUUAAUCUUUUUCGAGCUACUUGUGAGAUAUGGAGAGCACAGCUUUUGUAACUAUUUGUGGCACCCGUAACUUGAAGCAACCGCUUAACCCCCCGCCCAAAAACACUACACCCACACACCCCGGACACCAAAAAACACACACAAGUCGACAUGCCACAAAUUUGUAAAUAAUAAACACAAAACAUCAGUAAAAAAUCAGUAAAAAGUCUUAGCGCUUAGGCUAUAUGGUAUCUAAGGACUGCACGGCGGAUCCGCCCGGAAUCCACUUCCGGGAGAGGAGGUCCUGCAGGGCUUAGACCGAAAAUAAAUAGUCAUGCAAGUGCAUAAUCUAUGUAAAUGUGAGUGUAUGUAGCGCCUUAGAGUUGAACACUGAAAGAAAUGCCUAGAAAGUAAAUCAAACUAAUGCCAAACCGAAGAUAACUCCUGAAGUUUGGAUAGUUGAUCCGCCCGAUACUAACACUUACAAUUUUGUCAAAUCCCACAAAAAAAAAAACGAAAUAUUUCAACACACAAUUAUAUAGAUGGGGUCGCGGCCCUCGGAGCGGUACUUCAAUAGGUCAGCAUCCCAC